GGCACGAACAAAAAAGGGGCAGGGACUGAAGAGAGGGUCAGGAUUCAAAUUCUAAGUGGUAAGAUGUCCCCAUUGUUAGUGGGGUAUAUAGCAGGCCGAGUUUGGAGAGUUGGCACCACAGAGAAGCUGCUUACUCACCACUGAAGACACAGAGUUAAGAAUAUAGAAAUAUUACCAUGGUCGCCUCUCACUGCGUUUGGAUCGCUCCAUUUUUUCUCUCGAUGAUGACAGUUGACACUGGAGUAUUUGGUCGCGCGGUGAACACGCAAGGAGUUCCAUCACAUUCGCCGAAAACUGCUGAUGAAUCCCUCGGAUUAACUUUACGCACAGACGCGUUGAGGCGAUGGAGACGCGGGAUGGCGGAGAAGCACCGGGAGCGGUGCGCAGAGCUGGCGGCACCUUUGCUUGAAAACGCGCAACAAGUUCCUGAGGAUAAUGCAACAGUGUUGCAUCUCCGUGUUCGACCCUUUUCCCCAAGAGCUUCACAGGGCCCGGUCUUCCCAGAAAAGCCUCUUUUCAGCUUUGUCCGACAGGUUUACCACUGCUGUCAGGAAGGACUACACUGCAGAAGCGUCAAAGGGAUUCAAGGUCGCCUGAGAGCAGACACAGAUGUGGAGUUUCUCUUCACCAGGGAGAUUUUAUCAUUGACAGUUAUGAAGGCUGAGCUUCACCUCCAACUUUCCAACCCUCAGCAUCUGCACAUCCAGCUUGUGUUUCCAACAAUGGCAAAGCGCAACCUCGCUACAAGGUAUAGUUUGCGGUCACGGGGUAACAUGGUGGAGCUGAGAGUGGACCUGCUGUUCCUUUUCCAGAAUCUGCAGGAGGCGGCAGGAGGUGCCAGAGGCGGUCCCAACUUGGUGAACAUGCGGCAAGUGGUGCUCUCUUCCAGGGGGGGUCCACCAGGAGAGAGGCCUGCUCCUAAUGCUCUGCAGGACACCGAUGGGGACGGGUGGGAGGAUGGCGGUGCUGACACACUGCCUGCUAUGGAGCUGGGCUUGGUCCUGGGCUGCAGUCAAGCUGGACUGGGGGUGUCCUGUGCAACUGGUGGUGUUCACCUCUCACACACACCUUUCAUGGCACUGUACUACAGAUAAUGGCAAACAGACUGGACUGUGUUCUGCAUGGAAACAUUUUAUAAGAUUAAUUACCGUUUUAAGCUAAACUGACAUACAGCCGUCUCAAAACUCAAGAAAAUGAUGC